UUGCGCACCGUGUACACAUAUGAUAGCCAAGACAUGGCAAGUACAUCAGACUUUGAUCCCCUUAAGUCAAUUGGGGAGAAUAUAUACAUCUGGGAACCUCCAGAACCCACCAACAUAGCAACAACCACCAGCCCAGCACUCAUUAUACUCUGUACGUGGCUUGGCGGUGCUACCCCCCAACGCAUCCAGAAAUACGUUACCGGUUAUCGAAGGCUAUAUCCAGACUCAGCCAUUCUGUUAAUCGCCGCGCGUAUCCUUGAGAUCACCGCCUUUCCGUUCAGCGUCCUCCAUGCGCGUCUUAGCCCAGCCCGCCAUUACAUUCGGGGUAACAUCGCAGACAAAGAAGGGAAACGCUCAAUUCUGCUGCAUAUCUUCUCACAUGGUGGCUGCAACACGGCGAUCCAACUAGCUCUUUCCCUCCGUCAGGAUGCUGCUUAUCCACCCUUGGAGCUAGGGAUUCAUCUUCGUGGGGUUAUCUUCGAUUGCUGCCCCGGGGACACCUCCUUCUCGCGUACAUACCAGGCAGCCGCUCAUUCAUUGCCGCCUCAACCUGCGCCUGCCAAGGUCUUGGGAAAGUUACUCCUCUAUCCUGCUGUUGGGCUCAUCACUGGUCUCCAGCGGACGGGACUAAUGAGUUCUGUUUCGCAACUGCGGUCGCAGUUAAAUGAUCCGGUCGUGUUCGGAGCAGCACCUAAACGGUUGUAUCUGUAUUCUACGGCCGAUCAGAUGGUCGGGUGGGAGGACGUGGAAUCGCAUUUGGCUGAGGCUAAGGCUCUGUUAGGGUGCCAGGCUGAAGGAAUAGCGUUCCCAGAUAGCCCACACUGUGCUAUUGUGAGAGAUCAUGCUGAUCGGUACUGGGAUACGAUUGACCGAUUCUGGGCUAGGAGGGAAAUUUCCAUGCCAGCUGGGAUGACGUCUGGACAGCUGGGUGGUAGUUUGGGUGACAGGUUGCGGAGCCGAAUAUAAAUAACGUGAUAUAUUGAAAUUGUAUGUAUAGUGAAGUGUGGACUGACUGAAAGUCCUUUGCAUCGUCAUACUCAUUCUCAACUAGGUAUCCAUAUUUAUCAAUCAUGCCUGACUUUUCC